UUUUAUUUAACAUUUGGAAAUAAAGCAGCUAUUCUGAAGAUUAGACCUUAAGGGCUUUGGUAACUCAAGAAGGGAAUUUUCCACAGGAGCAAUGUCUUCGGGCCCAGUAGCACCUUAUACAUACACACCCCUGAAUCUACUCAAGGAUGGAACAGUUGUCAAUGUCUGUGGUGUUGUGAAGUUCUUUAAGCCUCCAUACCUAAGCAGAGGAACUGAUUAUUGUUCAGUUGUAACAAUUGUGGACCAGACAAAUGUGAAGUUAACGUGCAUGCUCUUUAGUAGGAACUACGAAGACCUUCCUGUCAUUUAUAAAGUUGGAGACAUUGUUUGCUUCCGUGGGCUGAAGAUCCAAGUAUAUAAAAAUGAGCUUCAGGGAAUCAGCCACUGUGGUUUUGCAUCUUUGACUUUUGAUGGCGCCUUAGGGUCUCCUGUCAUACUACACACUUCAAGCAAAAGCUUUAACUUCACUGUUUUGGACCACAAUGUGGUAGAAGCCUUGCGGGCUUGGGCAUCCACGCAUGUUUCAGCGUCUUCCACCUUACUGAAGCUCUCUGAUACCCAACCCAUGCAGUAUUGUGACCUGACCUGCCAGCUCCUGGGCAAAGCAGAAGUGGAUGGAGCAUCAUAUCUUCUAAAGGUAUGGGAUGGCACCAUGACGAAGUUUCCCUCUUGGAGAGUCUGCAUACAAGACCUUGAUUUUGAAGGUGACAUAAGUCACAUUCUGCGGCUUCAGAAUCUGGUGAUAGACAUUGUAGUUUAUGACAAUCAUGUCCAAACAGCUAAGUCCCUGCAGAUUGGAAGCUUCCUUAGAAUCUACAGCCUCCAUACCAAACUUCAGCCAGUUAAUUCAGAGUCCAUGACUUCACUGAUAAGGCUGGAGUUUCAUCUUCAUGGAGGGACCAGCUAUGGCCGGGGGAUCAGGGUCUUACCAGAAAGUAACCCUGAUGUAGAUCAGCUGAAAAGAGCUUUAGAAUCUGUAGAUCUGGCAGCCAUUCAGCCCUCAAGUGAUGCCUGUCAAUCAAAAAAUGAGGACAACUGUUUAACACCUUCAAGCUCCAGAUCAGACUUGGUCUCAUUGUAUGAGGUAGAAAGAUGCCAGCAACUCUGUGCUACAUCGCUUAUAGAUCACCAUUAUUUAGAGAAGACACCACUGUGUGCUGUUUUGAAGCAAAAAGCGCCUCGGAAAUAUCGAAUCCUAGCAAAACUGAGGUCAUAUGAGCCCAAACGACUUCUCCAGUCUGUUAAACUUCUUUGUCCUAAAUGUCAUUCAUUGCAAGAAGUCCCAUAUGAGGAAAAUGUGGAUAAAAUUUUUCAAGAUGCUGCAACUAAAGCCCCAGAGAGCAAGUUGCAAGGUACAUCACUGUAUGAUUCAGAAGUCUGGACCACCGAAGGUCAAGGAGGACGGCAGGUCGCUGUCCAUUUUGUGAAAAGUGAUGGCAUCCUCCCUCUCUCAAAUGAAUGUCUAAUAUUGAUUGAAGGAGGACGGCUCUGUGAAAUCUCUAAACUGUCAAGCAUGUUUCAUAGUGUGAUCCCUGUGAAGUCCGGCCCUGAGGACCUGGAGCUCCUAGACAUAGCAGCACCAUUCCUCAUCCGAGGAAAGGUGUGUCACUAUGGAUGUAAGCAGUGCUCAAACUUGAAACCCAUACAAAACCUAAGUACCAUUCCUAAUAAAAGACUAUGGAUUCCUUCCUCUGUGGCAGCAGUUCUGGGUAUUGUUCCUCUGCAGUACGUGUUUGUUAUGACUUUCACUUUUGAUGAUGGAACAGGAGUAUUGGAUGCUUUCCUCAAGGAUUCUGAGAAAUUUUUCCAGAUCCCAGCAUCAGAAGUCCUCACUGAUGACGACCUUCAGAGGAAUCUGGAAAAGAUCAUGAAUGUGAUUUGUCCUCCAGGAAUAAAAAUUGAUGCAUACCCAUGGCUGGAGUGCCUCAUCAAGUCCUACAACGUCAGGAGUGGAACGGAACAGCGGAUAUGUUACCAGAUAUUUGACACCAUGGUGGCAGAAGACAUCAUCUAGUCCGGAUAUUCAGUGCAGUGUUGGGGGGGAUUUUAUAAUCUGUGAUUCUCAGAACACACUUUGCUGCUAAAGUACCAUUCCCAUUUUUACUGUAG